AGUCGCAAGAGUGUGCCGAGUGUUUACGUUCAGUUCCUAACAGAUGACAGCAUGAACUCCAGCCAAGGCCUGUACCAUUUUUCUUCUGUCUCUCUCGGGGGUGCUGGAGGAUGUGGCUUUUCCCAUGCAGGAGCUUCCUACAGGGCUUCCAGCAUGCAUGGAGGAGGCACUGGUGUUUAUGUUCCCAUUUCCAUUGAAAACCCAAUCUGGCUGGCCUGUGAUGCAGGGGCAGGGUGGGGAAGCGCUUGCGGGAGUCAUGGAAACAUCUUCCUGGGAAGAAGUGAGAAGCAGACGAUGCAGGAGCUGAAUGACCGCUUAGCUGCCUACUUGGACAAGGUGCGUUCUCUGGAAGAGGCCAACUCUCAGCUGGAGAGCUGCAUCCGGGAGUGGCAUCAUAAGAGGUCUUCUCAUGGCAACCAGUACGACUUUAAGGGAUACGAGCAAAACAUUACAGACAUGCAUGAGCAGAUCGAAAAUGGACGGGUUACCAAUGCAGGCAUCGUCCUACAGAUUGACAAUGCUAAAAUGGCGACAGAAGACUUCAGACUCAAAUACGAGACAGAGAAAGCACUCCGUCAAAGUGUGCAGAAUGAUGUUGAAAACAUUCGUAAGGAACUUGACAAUAUGACAAUAAUCAUAACUGAUCUAGAAAUGGAGAUUGAAGCUCUGCGAGAAGAUCAUAUACUCAAGAAGAAAGAACAUGAAGAGAACAUGGCAGCACAUUCCUCUUCCGAGGACUUGAAGGUGAACGUGAAGGUGAACACAGCCCCACCAGAAGAUCUGUCCAAGAUUCUGGCAGGGAUCAGAGAGGAUUAUGAAGCGAUAAUUGAAAAGAACAAGCAAAGCCUUGAUGCUUGGUUCCAACAGCAGCUUACAAGUGAUUCAACAGAAGCAAGACCCAGCCAUGAAGAACUACAGACUGCUCGGAAAGAAAUCACUGAAUUGAAUCGCACACUGCAAACCCUGGAAAUUGAUCUACAGACCCAGCUAAACAAGAAAUAUGCCCUGGAGAAUAGCUUAGAUGAAACCAAGUCUCGCUACUCCUUUCAACUCGUAAGCAUCCAACAUGUCAUCUCCAAAUGUGAAGAAGAGCUCAGUGAACUUCGUCAUGAUAUCAAGCGUCAAAAUAACCAGUACAAAGUCCUCUUGGGAAUAAAAACUCGCCUGGAGAAAGAGAUUUCCACUUAUCGCCAGUUGCUGGAAGGAAAGCUCGAUGGAAUGGAGGGCCCAGAUUCAAGUUUUCAAGAACACAAAGGAUCAACCAGCCAAAAUCUAAAGAAAAUUGUGCGAGAUAGUGUUGAUGGGCAUGUAGUCGCCACGCAUACUGCUGAGAUCAAAAGACAGGUGUGACCUCUUCAAUUUGAAGAAAACCUGUAUGCAGAGAAAUCCUAUGCAGAAGUCCUGUUAUCUAUAAAUAGAAUUUUCUGUACUUAAAAUUCUUUCAGGAAUCCAUGUUCAUUUUUUUUCAUUUAUAUGUUUCCUAUAAACUGAAUAUAAUUUAAUUUAAUGUGAAUGCAAAUAUUCUUACCAUUCUUCUCUUGGAUCUGACUUCUUUAAAGACCACAAAGACCAAUAAAAAUGUCAUUAAGUUAU